AUGUGGGCCCCGGGGUGCUGCUGCCGGCUCUGGUCCCGCUGGGCACAGGUGGCAGUGCUGCUGCUGCUGCUGCUCGGGGUGCCCCCGAGAGGCCUGACACUGCCACCCAUCCGCUAUUCCCAUGCUGGCAUCUGCCCCAACGACAUGAACCCCAACCUCUGGGUGGAUGCCCAGAGCACCUGCAAGCGGGAGUGUGAGACAGACCAGGAGUGCGAGACCUAUGAGAAGUGCUGCCCCAACGUGUGUGGGACCAAGAGCUGUGUGGCCGCCCGGUACAUGGACGUGAAAGGGAAGAAGGGCCCUGUGGGCAUGCCCAAGGAGGCCACCUGCGACCACUUCAUGUGUCUGCAGCAGGGCUCCGAGUGUGACAUCUGGGACGGCCAGCCCGUGUGUAAGUGUAAAGAUCGCUGUGAGAAGGAGCCCAGCUUCACGUGUGCCUCCGACGGCCUCACCUACUAUAACCGUUGCUACAUGGAUGCUGAGGCCUGCUCUAAGGGCAUCACACUGGCCGUCGUCACCUGCCGCUAUCACUUCACCUGGCCACACACCAGUCCCCUGCCACCUGAGACCACAGCGCGCCCCACCACCGCCUCCCCAGAGACCCCCGGGAUGGAUAUGGUGGCCCCCGCUCUGCUCAACCACCCUGUGCACCAGUCAGUCACCGUGGGUGAGACGGUGAGCUUCCUCUGUGAUGUGGUGGGCCGGCCCCGGCCUGAGAUCACCUGGGAGAAGCAGCUAGAAGAUCGGGAGAACGUGGUCAUGCGGCCAAACCACGUGCGGGGCAACGUGGUGGUCACCAACAUCGCCCAGCUGGUCAUCUACAACGCCCAGCCCCAGGACACUGGCAUCUAUACGUGCACAGCCCGGAAUGCUGGCGGGGUCCUGCGUGCUGACUUCCCACUGUCAGUGGUCAGGGGGGGUCAGGCCGCGACCACCUUGGAGAGCGGCCCCAACGGCACGGCCUUCCCCGCGGCCGAGUGCCUGAAGCCCCCCGACAGCGAGGACUGCGGCGAGGAGCAGACCCGCUGGCACUUCGACGCACAGGCCAACAACUGCCUCACCUUCACCUUUGGCCACUGCCACCGCAACCGGAACCACUUUGAGACCUAUGAGGCCUGCAUGCUGGCCUGCAUGAGCGGGCCGCUGGCCGUGUGCAGCCUGCCCGCCCUGCAGGGGCCCUGCAAGGCCUACGCCCCUCGCUGGGCUUACAACAGCCAGAGCGGCCAGUGCCAGUCCUUCGUCUACGGCGGCUGCGAGGGCAACAGCAACAACUUUGAGAGCCGCGAGGCCUGCGAGGAGUCCUGCCCCUUCCCUCGGGGGAACCAGCACUGCCGGGCCUGCAAGCCAAGGCAGAAGCUCGUCACCAGCUUCUGUCGGAGCGACUUUGUCAUCUUGGGCCGCGUGUCUGAGCUGACCGAGGAGCCCGACUCGGGUCGCGCCCUGGUGACCGUGGACGAGGUCCUCAAGGAUGAGAAGAUGGGCCUCAAGUUCCUGGGCCAGGAGCCGCUGGAAGUCACCCUGCUCCACGUGGACUGGACCUGCCCCUGCCCCAAUGUGACGGUGGGCGAGACACCGCUCAUCAUCAUGGGUGAGGUGGAUGGUGGCAUGGCCAUGCUGCGGCCCGACAGCUUCGUGGGGGCGUCCAGCAGCCGGCGGGUCAGGAAGCUGCGCGAGGUCAUGCACAAGAAGACCUGCGACGUCCUCAAGGAGUUUCUCGGCUUGCACUGA